UCUUGUCUUUUUCUCUGCCAAACCCUCUCGCUACUAGGUAUCUCAACCUUUGUAUACGAGAUCAGUAUCGCGGGCACGCAGGGUCUCAUCCUGACUCGUCCUGUGUCGGAAUCGUCUCACGUCUCACUGCCAACAAGCAGUUUGCGAUACGCAAAUCAAUCGCUUGCAUCAGGUGCAUUCCAGAUCCGGCCUCCGGACGUCGUUAUAUAAUCGCCAGCGCCCUUCUCCCCAAGAGCCCAGCCUUUUGGAGCAGGACCCAGGCUUUGUCCAUAUUUUGGGUCGUACGCCUGCCUUUUGCCAUCGCCAUCUGCUUCCUCCCACCCAACCCACGCCCCUCAUCAAUCUCCAUCUCCCCCGCCAAAGGCGACUCGAUCCCCGCGUGCACACACAAACCACCCCGGGGAAAACGAGACCAACGCUAUAUCCUGUGGCAGCGCCCGCUCAAUCCCCUUCCCAGCGUGCGCCUUGACCGCGGAGUUUGUUAUCCGGUUGUUGGAGAGCCAAGCAGGGUCCUCAGCUAGCGAGGCCCGACCCGAGGCGCAGAGUCCCGACCAUAGCACUUAUAAGGCGGCGCUUCCGCUGUCGUAACUAUGAAUUCCAUCAAGCAAGCCGUCGAGUCCGCUCGAUCGAGGACCUCGGAUGUCAUGAACAGCGCCAAGAGGAGCGAAGCGGCCAACAAGGCCUCCGACAUCAUCCACAAUCCCUUCAUGCGCGCAGCUCUGCCCUUCAUCAAUGGAGGCAUCAGUGGCAUGGUGGCCACGUCGGUGAUCCAGCCGGUCGACAUGGUCAAGGUCCGCAUCCAGCUUGCUGGUGAGGGCACCUCUGGGGGACCCAAGCCCACGCCGCUGUCUGUCACUCGGCAGAUCAUCUCGAGCGGAAAAUUCCUCGACCUGUACACCGGCCUCUCCGCCGGCCUCCUCCGACAGGCUGUAUACACAACCGCUCGCCUGGGCUUCUUCGACACCUUCAUGGCCAAGCUGACGGAGCGGGCAAAGGCUCAGGAUCGCCAGAUCGGCUUUGCAGAACGAGCCACGGCUGGAUUGGCCGCCGGCGGUCUUGCAGCCAUGAUUGGCAACCCGGCAGACCUGGCCCUCAUCCGGAUGCAGAGCGACGGCUUGAAGCCUCUUGCCGAGCGCAAAAACUACAAGUCGGUUGUUGAUGCACUGGGGUCCAUCGCCAAGGGUGAAGGCAUCGGCGCUCUCUGGGCUGGCGCUGCGCCGACUGUUGUCCGUGCCAUGGCCCUCAACUUUGGACAGCUGGCCUUCUUCAGCGAAGCCAAGGCACAGCUGAAGCAGCACACGGACUUGUCUGCCCAGGCUCAGACCCUGAGUGCCAGCGCCAUUGCCGGAUUCUUCGCCAGUUUCUUCAGUCUGCCGUUCGACUUCGUCAAGACCAGGCUGCAGAAGCAGUCGAGGGGACCUGAUGGCAAGCUUCCGUACACGAGCAUGGCCGAUUGUUUUGCCAAGGUGGCCAAGCAGGAAGGUGUCAUGAGAUUCUACCGAGGAUUCGGAACGUACUACGUCCGCAUUGCGCCCCAUGCGUAAGUUUCUCUCUUUCUCUCCUAUUGAUCUCUGCAUCCGUGAGAAGUCAAUGCAACUAACCGUUGACUGCUUAUAUAGCAUGGUCACCCUCAUUGUUGCCGACUACCUGGGCUGGCUGACCAAA